AUGAAAAUAUCCGAAGGUGAAGGAGGAUCAGGUGGAACUGAUGCGGAGACUCUGAGAGUGAACGCUGAGAAAGAAAAGAAACAACCACACGCGUUGUUCCCGUUCGCCAUCGUCUCCAUCACCUACAUUUUAUUCACCAUCACGGACGGCGCGGUGCGGAUGAUCGUCCUCUUACACGCGUACGGGAAAUCCUUCACCGCGAUGGAAAUUGCAAUCAUGUUCUCCUUGUACGAGUUAAUGGGCGUUUUGACGAAUUUAAUCGCCGGGAUUAUGGGCGCGCGAUGGGGGAUUCGGAUGACGUUGUUGGUGGGGUUGUGCUUGCAAAUCGUGGGGUUGAGCGCGCUCUUCGCGUGGGACGAUAAAUGGUCGAAGAUGGAAGCGAUCGCGUACGUGACUGGGGCGCAAGCGUUGUGUGGGAUUGCGAAGGAUUUAACAAAGUUAGGCGGGAAAACGGUCACGAAGUUAGUCACUCCGGAUGAGAAGCAAAAUCGAUUGUUCGUCCUCGUGAGCGGUUUGACGGGGUUGAAGAAUUCGUUCAAAGGGGUCGGGUAUUUUCUCGGCGCGUGGUUGCUGACGAUAAGUUACGCGACGAGUUUGAUCGUCAUGAUUGCACUCAUCGUCAUCGCGUUACCGUUUGGGUUUUUUGGUUUGAGCAAAGAUUUAGGACGCGUGGGGAAGGAAAACGUGACGUUGAAGAAAGCGUUGACGCAAAAUCGAAACACGAAGUAUUUGUCCUUGUCCAGAGUGUUUCUGUUCGGGUCGAGAGAUUUAUGGUUUGAGAUUCCGUUGCCGUUCUUUUUGAGAGAUUCAAUAGGCGGGAUGGGAUGGUCCAGAAGUGCAGUCGGAGCGAUGUUAGCCGGGUAUAUCAUCGUGUACGGUCAGUUACAAUCCUGGACUCCGGCGUUGGUGUUGAAACCGCUGAAGCAGUCGCCGCCGAACAAGCGCGUCGCGGUGUUGUGGAACGUUUUGUUGGUGUUGUGCCCGUUGUUUUUAGGCGCGUGCGUUUCUACCGAAUUGUUUGAUUCGAAAAAAGAUGAGGAAAAAUACGAAACUGAGAGAGCUGUUUUAGUCGUUCUCGGCAUCGCCUUCUUCGCGUUUCUCUUCGCGGUGAACAGCGCCAUCCACUCGUAUUUGGUCGUUCGAUACGCCGAAGGGAACAAACUGUCCAUGUCGGUUGGCUUUUAUUACAUGGCUAACGCGUUUGGACGCUUGUUUGGAACGAUAUUAUCGGGCGUUAUAUACACCGCGUUCGAAAACGACGUGAGGACCGGGUUCGCGGUGUGCUUUUGGGCGAGUUCCGCGAGCGUUUUGUUGAGCGCGUUUUUUGAAACGUUCUUAGAGGACGAAGGCGACGACGCGAGCGUCGGUGAUGCUGAAAAAUAG